AUGGCGUGCGCCCACCCGAGGCGCUUCGGCCAAUGGCCCGCGCGCGUCCCGGACGCCGCCGCCUUCGGCGCCUUCCGCCGCCAGUGCGAGGCCGACGGCGGCUGGCAGAGCUGCUACGGGCGCGACGGGCUCGCCGUGUGCGUGCAGGCGCCGCCGCCGGGCUCCGGCGUGCACCGCCUCAAGUGCCGCAUCGACAUCCCGGACGUGGCGGCCGAGACGGUCUACGACGUGCUGCACGACGGCGAGUACCGGCGCAGCUGGGACACCAACGUCCUCGACACGCACGACAUCGCCCGCGUGGCCGCCAACGCCGACGUGGGCUACUACGCCUGGCGGUGCCCGAAGCCCUUGAAGAACAGGGACGUGGUGACGCUGCGGUCCUGGCACGUUCAGGACGGCUAUCACGCCAUCAUCAACUUCUCCGUCAAGCACCCGAAAUACCCUCCGCGCAAGGAUCUGGUGAGGGCAGUGUCUCUCCUCACGGGCUACCUGGUGCACUCAACCGGGCCCAGCAGCUGCCGCCUGACCUACCUGGCCCAGGUGGAUCCCAAAGGGUCGUUGCCGAAGUGGGUUGUAAAUAAAGCCUCCCAGUACCUGGCACCAAUGAUGUUGAAGAAGCUGCACAAGGCCUGUGUGAGGUAUCCCGCGUGGAAGCAGCAGCACGACGCGAGCAGGAAGCCCUGGCUGUACCCCGAGCAGAACACGCUGCCCGCGCUGGCGCUCUCGGAGCUGGUGCUGCAGCGCGCGGCCUCGCUCGAGAACAUCGACGAGAGCGGCCUGUCCGAGGUGAAGGAUGACAGGGGCGACCACAGCGGCUCGGAGAACUGAUGCUGCUCCCACCGCCGGGAUAAGGAAGGAAGGAAGAGAGGGAGGAACACUACGUGAUGCUGCUCGGGUUCACCUGCGUGCCUUAUGUUAAAAGGAGGGGUAGGGGGGAUUGAUUUUUUUUUUUCCUUUUUUUUUAAAAAGGAACAUGGGGUGGCAGUUUUUUCCUCUCACGAUGUGAGCUCUUGUGCUCAGGGAAAGCAGCAGUUGUACGAUACCCUUCUCAGGUGUAAUCUGCUGGUGCCUUAACACAAUACAGCUUGUUCUGGGGUUGUUGCUGUUGCUCCAAAAGGUCAA